GUGUCCUAUCCUUGACAUCACCACAGAGCAGCAACAGUUGGUUUUCAAAACUACGCAGCAGCAGAAACAAAGAAAUUACACGACUUUGACAUCAAAUGGAAUUUAGCUUUCAGACGAUUGAUUGUCGGAUUCAUCCAGCAUAUAACCAAAACACGGAAACACUGUUGUGUAUGUGACAUUCGACGCCAACGAAUGAGUUAUAAGCAUUCGCUUUUGGUUCAAGUCUCUUAACUGAAUCGGUGUGUGGAAAAAUAAAUAUAAAAGAGCUUGUUCUUAUAUUGAGGCUGGUUACUUUAACCACGAGAGAAGCUAAGUCAAAAGUGAAGAAAGACAAAAGUGAAAUAAAAACAUGGACGACAUAACGGACGGUGCAAAAUCCCUUUCAAUAGCGCCAAUCAAAAAAGAGGAAGAAGGAAACUCGGAAGAGAAUACUGAACCGAUUCCGGAAGGAAAUCCGAACGCACCUAUUAUUGUCAGCGGCAAAGCAUAUACAGUCGCCGGUGAAUACGACGCCAUUAAAGAUAUCAUCGACAACUAUGGAUCAGAAAUCAUUGGAGGGUUUCAUGAAACAAUUGACGUGGAUGGGGAGAUGGCAGCUGAAUCUACUACAGGGAUCUGUUACAUUCGAACGCCUGAAACACAAUUAAAAAAGGAUCAGAUGCUGCAGAAAUUCCGUGAAGAAAACAUUUUAGUUUGGCGAGAAAAAGUAGUCAAACAAUCAACAAAUGGAUAUGAAUUAGAUCUGGCAAUUGAAGAGCAUUUACAAUUUGUAUUAGACAAUAUAGGUCGAAUUAAAUUUUUUAGGUCUCCGGAAAUCGAGAACAAUAGCGAGGAAUCAAACAAUUCAGCGAAAAUUUCAUAUGUACUCUCUAAAGGAUGUUAUUGCAUGCCCAAUGGUAAUCCAGUCGGCACACCCAACAAGUGUAAGAUGGGCGUCAAAAUCGACAGCGUGAAUACUAAUAAGAAAAACAACAAACAGAUUAGUAAGAAGGAUUUAGAAAUAAUCAUCACGAAUCACCUAGAGAGAACCGAGGAGAACGUCAACCCGAGGCUUAAACCGAAACAGGAAUCAAAGGAAAUAAAAACAGAAAAAAAAUAAAACAACAAGAAGGAAUCUACAUAUAUUCGCAUAUAAUUUACACACGUCGUCUUUUUGGUUUCAAGGGCGACUAUUAUAUUAAUUUUUUAAAUAUAUAUAUCUCAUCAAUUGAUUUAUCCUCAUUGCUGGUAUACCAUAAUAACCUGCAAGAGCUGAAUUUAACUAUAACAUAUAUACUUACACGAGCUUUUAUUUUUAGCCAAUACAAUAUGAUUUUUAAUCCGGAAA